GACAGCUGUGGAGUGAGAUAGAGAGAACUGCAGGGAGAGAGCAAGAGAGUUAGAGUUUGACAGAGAGUUAGACAGAGGGAAAGGAGGCACACACAGCACUCACCCUCCACUGACCCCUCGUCUUACCCUCGACUCACCCUUGUCUCCCCACUUACAACCACCUGAGGCAGAGACACACAGCUCUACCAGCGCAGAGAUGAGAUGACUGGACACACACUAACACACACAUUUUCUCUCUGUUGAAAGAAGACCAGAAUAUACACUUUCUUUUUGUUUUCUGUCUCAGCUUCUGCUCUCGUUCUUGGACAGGAAAAAAAGGAUUACAGUUUGUUUCUUCAGCAAAAAGAGUUUGCCUUUAUUCUCCAAAAGCCCUGUGUCACGUUGGACAAUUUGGAUACGUUCCUCUUUUCUUUCUCCCUCCAAGAGCUCAGAGCAACAUGGCACAGGGACUAAAAAACCACAGCAACAGCAGGCAGCAGCAGGCACAACUACUCACUAACCCCUUCUCCACCAUGGCACUGUCCCUCUCCAUGUCCUUCUUCCUCCUCCUCCUCCUCCUCACCUCCCCUGCCUCGACCGCCGACGAAUACGACUACUACAGCUGGCAAUCGGACAACUUCCACAACGGUCGUUUCUACACCAAGCAGCCGCAGUGUGUGGACAUCCCCGCCGAUUUACGCCUCUGCCACAACGUGGGCUACAAGAAGAUGCGCCUCCCCAACCUGCUGGACCACGAGACCAUGCCGGAGGUCAAACAGCAGGCGGGUAGCUGGGUGCCGCUCCUCGCCAAGCGGUGCCACGUGGAUACGCAGGUGUUCCUGUGUUCCCUUUUCGCCCCUGUGUGUCUGGACAGGCCCAUCUACCCGUGUCGCUCUCUGUGUGAGGCUGUGAGGGAUAGCUGUGCCCCCGUUAUGGAGACCUAUGGGUUCCCCUGGCCAGAGAUGUUGACCUGUGAUAAGUUUCCUAUUGAUAAUGAUCUGUGUAUCCCCAUGCAGUUUGCUGGGAACCAGGCCACCCCGGCUCCAGCAUCUAAAGCUUGCCCUCCGUGUGACAACGAACUGAAAGCUGACACCAUUAUGGAACAUUACUGUGCCAGUGACUUUGCUAUCAAGAUGAAAAUCAAAGAAGUGAAGAAGGAGAAGGGCGACCGUAAACUCAUCGCCGCCCAGAAGAAGAAGAAGGUGUUCAAGAUGGGUGUCCUGCGUAAGAAGGACUUGAAGAAGCUGACACUGUACAUAAAGAACGGAGCCAACUGCCCCUGUGCUCAGCUCGACAGUCUUGGCAGUAACUUCCUCAUCAUGGGCCGUAAGGUGGACCAGCAGCUGCUGCUCAUGUCCAUCCACAAAUGGGAGAAGAAGAGCAAGGAGUUGAAGUUCGCCAUCAAGUACAUGAAGAGUCAGCAGUGUCCCACCUAUCAUACUGUCUUCCAGUGACCUUAGUGAUACAACAAUCACAACCCUACUCCCAGUCUUCCCCAGUUGUCCCCCCCCCCCCUCUCCCUUCUAUCCUUCCAGGGUCCUACCUAUCAUACUGUUUUCCAGUGACACCGUGGAGAUGUAUCCUUCAUAUCCAGUGGUGUAGUUGUGCCUGUAGAAGUGGGUAUACUCUAAUUCUACCCAAAAUAAUCCCAAAUGGCCCACCCGUCAAAGGAAAUAAGAAAAAUAUAUAUAUUUUCCUAUACUUUUAGAUUUUUCCUAUAGAUUUAUCAGGUUUUCACUCUCAAAAUUACACUUUUUUAAAUAGAAAAAAAGAAAUAAAAAUGUAUGUUCUAAGUCCACAACAAUGCUUAAACCACAUCAGGGGACCAUUUUUGAGGCCUGGGAAAAAUCAUAAUAAAAUAGUUUUGUCAGGGUGUAGUUGCCCUUUAAUUCAAGUGUACACCUAGCAAGAGACCAUUUCUGCCCUACAAAGGCAAAAUGCAGCAACUACAUAUUUUUUUGUUUUUGCAAAACUGUCUUCAAAGUAUUUUUCUGUCUAGACAGAGCAAUUUCUGAUACUCCAUGAUAUAUUCUGACAAACUGGCUUGUUCUUGUGUCAGGAAACUAAAUACCACAAUAAUAUACCUAGCCAUUAGAACAGAUCAAAGAUUUUUGACCAAAUUCGUAGUUACUGCAUUUUGCCUUUGUAGGGCAGAUUUGGCUAGCGGUGUUUCUGUAGUGUACAAUGUCCUACAUGUGAUGGCGGAGUUAGCAAAAAAAAUGACCUCCCAAUUGAUACAAAUCAUAAUGAUAUCAUUCUACCAGGUAGGCCUACUUUGCAGUCAACAUUUAAUUGGAAAGGUUUUUUGCCUUACAUUUUCAUUCAAACAGCGCAUGAUGACUAAAUUGCACAUUGCAAAGAUUCAGCAAAGACUUUGGACCACACUUUUUCAAUACCUGGUUUGCAUACCCAUUGUUAGUUAGCAUUUACAUAUCAUCAAGUUGAAAUGUCUUUCCUACCUACUCUACUUACCGAUGUCGUUCUUCUGUGAGCUGCUCCAUGCAACAACCAGUUGAGAGCUGCGUGCUCUUGCUGUCUGCGCUGACACUAGUCUAUGUGUGCAGCUCGCAUGUGAAUAUACACUAUAUAUACAAAAGUAUUUGGACACCCCUUCAAAUUAGUGGAUUCAGGUAUU